AUGCCUAAAAGAGUAGCAGAAGCGCCUCCUUCAUCUGAAACCCAUAAAAUCAGACCAGACUCUUUUGGUAAUUACAGAUCUCAAGUUUCUGAGCUGUUGUCUCAAGAUGAGAGGAGCUUGCAUCAUGAUCAACAAUCCGGUGAGAGAUCUUUAGAGAGUCCAAUAGGAGCUGGGAUGUCAAAUGACAAGAAAGAGAAUAUGAAUGUCUUGUUAAGGCAGUGCGUGAGGAACCUAACUCCAGAAAUUGAUGAGAUGCAGCAACGUGUGUGCUCCAUGUACCUAAUCUCACAGUUGGGAAACAAAAGUCCGUCAUCCUCACCGAGCAGGCUAAAGUCUAUUGGUCCUGAAGAAUUCGGAGGGGCAAUAGAAGAUGAUAUACAACUACUUCUGAGCUCUGAUCCUGAUCUUGUCAAGAAAAUAACGUCCCAGUAUUCAAACGUCCUUCUUUCCAAACUAGAGGAUAUGGAGCAGAAAGUCGAGAACCUCCUUGACGAAGUAGUAACCACUUGCAGGCCUAUGACUUGCGGUGAAAAAUUAGAUCUUCAGAAUUCAAUCAAGGAGUUACCUGAAAAAAAUCUCGAUCGGAUCGCUGAAAUAGUAAGAAAUCAUUACAUAUCAUCUGGCAAAGAUCUCUCUGAUGUGGUUAUAGUGAACCUGAAUCAGUUGGAAAACGUAACGCUAUGGAGAUUGCAUUACUAUAUAGCAGCAGUCAAGAGUGCCACUGAUCUCGCUUGCUAG